AUGUCACAUAACGAUUUACGGGUGGAGUGGAUUCGUCAGAGGGUCUCUGCAGGAUUCAAUUUAAGGAAGUGUCCCGAGAGUUUCGACGAGCUACUGCGUCGUGGAGAUGGUAAAGAAGAAAGAAAAAUUAUCCAGUUCUUGGACGAUGUUCCUGAAGAUCCGCCAUCAUAUCUUCUGUUUUACAAAACUGUUAGAGAAGAAGAAGUUGAGGUUAAAAUUCCUCUUGAUAUAAAAGAUGAAGCCUCUUCAAAUCCUGACCAGAAGUCCUUGACGCUAAGUGGAGUAGAGAUCUCCUCCAACUGUGACGACUUAAAUGAACAGAGCCCCAGCUAUAGGAUUGAAGACAAAGUGGUCUAUCACACUGAGCUUCAUGUAGCAGUAAAUGAACACCUGGAGAGAUUUGUUAAAUCUCGCACCUUCUACUUUAUCAGAGAUACAAAUGAGGUCAUUGUUAAACCACUGGAUAUGAAAGAAGCCAAUAUCAUUAUGCCAAGGCUAUUUGAUAUUGGCAUGUAUAGUGGACAUCCCCUUCAGGUGCUCCAGAACCGCCUUGUCAAUGUCUUCAUACCCCUGUUGACUGCACGCCAGUUGGGAGGAUCGGGAGCAAGUAAUCAAAACAAGGAAGUUUCCAAUCAGGAGAAGAUCAGUGGAAAUGCUGAGGGUGAUGUAGAGAAGCUAAGUAAGGAAUUCUUGAUUCGAGAUGAGCUGCUCGACAGGACCCAUAAGUUCUUGGAACAGGUCAAUGCAGCUCUCCAACAGCUUUAUACUGAAGAUGAGGCAACGCUCCAGAUCCCUGAGCUAGACCUGGAGCCAGAUGUGGGUGUAUUGAUUUCCAAUCCAGAAAUAGUGGAGAAGUUGGAGCAGUGUGUGAGGAACUGGCAGACUCAGAUCACCAUUAUUUUGGAAGAGCAAAUAAACAAACAGCCACAGGCACCUGGGCCUUUUGCUGAGAUAGUGCUUUGGCAGGAGCGUGCGUCUGUCCUCAGUGCUCUGAGUAAGCAGCUUAAGCAACCUGUAGUAGAGAAGGUCUUGGAGGUAGUGACCAAAACACAUUCAUCCAUUAAUCCGACCUUUGAAAAAGUGGUUGCUAAAUUAACUAAAUACAGAUUGGAGUCAGAAGAAAAUACACUUUUCCUCAAGACUUUGGAAAGGAACCUACUGAAUCUGGCGACUGGAGAAAGCUUUGCUGCAGUCCGGGACAACAUCCCUCCUCUGAUGGAGAGCUUGGAGAUAAUGUGGGUUAUCUCUCACCACUAUAAUACAAAUGAACGUAUGGUCCCCUUAAUGGAGAGUAUUGCCUGGCAGCUGUGUCAGCGUGUGACUCUUGCAAUUGAUGUCCACAAACUCUUUAAAGAAAAGAGGGAAGUGGCCAAAUCAAUGGUUCAUGAUGCCAAGCUGGCUUUGGAACAAUGGAAAUUAUCCUACUUUGUGGCUCGAGCUGAAAUAGAAAAAUCAAGCAGGGCUGCACGCUGGGAAUUUGAUCAAAAGAGACUGUUUGAGAAGACUGACUACAUGGCUUCUGUCUGCCAGGACCUCUGCAAUGUUUUUCAGGUUUUGGAGGACUUCCACAGCAUCGCUGUCUCAGAGCUGAAAGGUAUAAAAUGUAUUGAUGAAAUGCUGACUAAACUGGAUGCUUUAGUUUUGCCUAUUGAGGAGAUCACUUUUAACCCUUUCAACGUAUUUGAGAAGAUCAGCUGGAAAAUGAUUAUGCAAGACUUUGACACUUCCAUUGAGGCUAUUGAGGAAGAUGCCAUCAGCUGCUUGGAUCUGUCUUUUAAGACAUUGCACUCUUCAGGUGAUGCCUUUGACAUGCUGCUGAAAUUUAAACAAAUUCACUCCAGAGAGGCCAUCAACAAGCAUUUGAUGAGAAAGUUUGAUGACAUCCUGACCCAGUACUGCAAAGAGGUUAACAGCAUAAAUGAAGUCUUUAAAGCACAGAAGGAUAAUCCACCAUUGAGUAAGAAUGAGCCUCCUGUUGCAGGAGCUAUCAGAUGGGCCAGCAUGAUGUUGCACCAGAUCAAACAAACCAUCCUUCCCUUCCUGAAAGUACCAGAAAUGCUUGACAGUGAACAAAUAAAAAUGGCCAAGGACAAGUCUUUGGAAAUCGCAAAGCAAAUUAAGGAAUAUCAGAAGCAGCAGCAUGAGAGCUGGAUGGAAAAGACAGAAUGCAACUUACCGCUGCUACUGAAAAAACCCCUGUUGAUUACCAGUGAAAACAGAGAGACAGAUAUCCCACCAAAUGAAAGCCCCAAAAGACAUGUGCGAUACACUGUUAACUUUGCUCCAGAACUUAGAGAAAUAAUUUCUGACACAAAGCAGCUUGUGAGGAUGGACUACUCUGUGCCUGAUGUGGCUCAAAGUGUGACUCUACAAGAGGACAAAUACCUCAGGUAUGUUUACAAUCUGAACAAACUCGUCAACCUCUAUGACUCUGUGAUAGACAGCCUGAGUGAGGAACAUCUCACUAUGCUGGCACCACAAAUACAUGCAGUAAAAACACAGUUGCAGUUUGGAUGCAAAAGACUGAACUGGAGUUCCUUGGGGAUACCUGACUUCAUCAGCCAAAGUUUUCAAGUUGUCUCUAAAUUUGAGUCAGUGGUCAGUCAUACUCACAUCAAUGAGAAAGAAUUGGACUCCAAAUUGCAGUCCAUAUUGAUGGCCAACUUGCUGAAAUUUCCAGUACCAGAUAAAUCAAGUGACUUACCAGGUGUAAAGGAGUUCUGCGAACACAUUGAGCGAGAACGUGUUAAGACUGUUUGUUUGCUGAGUAAGCAGUAUACAGACAUUGGUUUUAUCAUCACUAAGACAGAGCAGAUGAUCAUGGAAACCAGCAGUGGCAAAGCCAAAUGUAUGGCGACUUACUACAUGUACUGGGAACGCAAGGUGUUUGACUCGCUUGUAAUGAUGCUACUUAGGAACAUUAAGACCUUCAGCAUGGCACUGAUGGGAAAUACUGCUCUUUUCCAAACUGAUGCCAUCCUGUCUGCCCCUAAGAUUGUGUUGCAGCCCCAGCGUAAUGAGAUCCACGGGCUUCUAAUGCAGUGCAUUAGAGACUGUAUAGAAAGCACUGAGAAAUUUCCACGCUGGAUGCGUGGGACCUGCAUUGAGUGCCCCCCUCAACAAGUGGCGGAUGAAGAUGAAUUGGUGACAUUUACCUUCCUCAGUGAUAUGUAUCAUCAUCCUCAGUUAGUUGAGACUGUCUCGACGGUGUCCCAGAACAUUCAGCAGCUACUCCGCUCUGCAUACGAGUACCUUAACCACUGGCAACGCUAUCAGCCUUUUUGGGAGAAUAAUAAAAACACUGUCAUUGAAAGGUUUGAAGCAAAAAACCCAUCCUGUGCCAGGUAUGAUGAACAGCUGCACAUCUUUUCAAAUAUCAAGGAUGAGUUGACUCAGGAGCCUCUCUAUAAGACUCAGCACAUUAUUCAUAUAAACCUGAAGCCCCUUGUUCACACCGUACGAGAGAUGAUUGAGUCUUGGAUCAGUUCACUUAGUAUGUCACUCAUCAAGUCUGCCAAAGAAGAUCUCUUCAACUUGACAGACGAACUCAUGCAACUCUCUAAGAAGCUAAAGCAGAGCCCGGACACUUUUGAGGAUCUGCAAUCUGUCCUUGGCACUAUCUCAGACAUCCGAGACAUGUCUUUAGAUGUGGAGUUGAGAUACAUUGAGAUACAAGAAAGAUACAGAACACUUGCCAUUUACAAAGUGGAGGUUGGAGACGAUGAAUUGCAGCAGGUGGCCAAAAUUAGCCAGAUGUGGAGUGACCUGUGUACAGAAUCCAGACAAGUAAAUAAAAGUCUGAAAAAUGUCAAGAAAUCCUUUGCUAUGGUAAUAAAGCAGAAGACUGAAGUGUUUGAGCAAGCGUUGUCCAUCUUUGCUGAGAGCUUUAACAUGCAUGGCCCUGGAGCUGUGGGAGAGAAUUUGGAAAAAGGACUCAACAUUAUAGAAAAAUAUGAGUCAGACCUUGCCAAGAUAGUGGAAGAAGGGCAGGAGCUCUCUAAUGCUAAGAAGUUGUUGGACCUUCCAGUCAAUACAUAUCCAGAGGUUACACAGAUGCAGAAAGACAUGGAAGGCUUGAGACAGAUUUAUGAUAUAUACAAAGCUCAAAAGGAUGCGAAAGCAAAGUGGUCUCAGACUUUGUGGGUAGAUUUAGACAUCCAGCUGCUACAAGAAGGCAUAGACACUUUCAUCAAAAGUUUGAGGAAACUGCCCAAAGAUGUGCGCGGCUUGCCUGUGGCCUUCUUUCUAGAUGGACGCAUGAAAGAGUUCAGAGAUUCUUUGCCUCUUCUGCUGGACCUGAAAAAUGAAGCCCUCCGAGACAGGCACUGGAAGGAGUUGAUGGAAAGAACAGGCACUAGUUUUGAAUUGAACCCUGGCAGCUUCACUUUGGAGAACAUGUUUGCUAUUGAACUACACAAACAUGCAAAUGUCAUUGGUGACAUUGUCACCUCUGCUGUAAAAGAGCUGAGUAUUGAGAAGGGAGUAAAGGCAGUGGUGGAGACCUGGGAACACGUGAAGUUCAGCGUGCAGCCUUAUUGUAAAGGCACCCAAGAACACAUUUAUGUCCUGGGAGCCAUGGAUGAGGUGCUACUGAAUGUAGACAAUGACAUAAUGAACUUGCAGAGUAUGGCUGGCAGUCGUUUUGUUGGACCUUUCCUCAGUGCCAUACAACAGUUGGAAAAAGAACUGUCUCUUAUCAGUGAGACCAUAGAGGUAUGGUUGCUGGUACAACGGAAGUGGAUGUAUCUGGAGAGCAUAUUCAGUGGCGGAGACAUUCGCUUGCAGUUACCUGAGGAAGCUAAGAAGUUUGACAACAUUAACAAAACAUUUAAAGCGAUAAUGAAAGACACAGUGAGGAGCCCAUACAUUAAGCAGUGUUGCCUGGUGCCUAACCGGUUAACAGAGCUGCUGGCCUUGAGUGACGGUCUGGAGAGGUCCCAGAAGAGUCUUAAUUACUACCUGGACUCCAAACGAAAUGCAUUUCCACGCUUCUUCUUCAUCUCUGAUGAUGAACUACUCAGUAUUCUGGGGAGUAGUGACCCUACCUGUGUCCAGGAACACAUGAUCAAGAUGUAUGACAACAUAACAUCUCUUCGCUUUGAAAUGGAAAGCAGUGGGGAGAUGGUAGUCUUAGCCAUGGUUUCUGCUGAGGGUGAGAUAAUGGAGUUGAGGAAACCCAUUCCAGUUGAGGGAAAAGUGGAAGAGUGGAUGAUGGGAGUGUUGCAGGAGAUGAGAAGGACUAAUAGGCUCAUCACCAAAGAAGCCAUCUACCGUUACUGUGAAGACAGGAGUAGGGUAGAUUGGAUGUUCUUGUACCAGGGCAUGAUGGUGCUGGCUGCAAAUCAAGUGUGGUGGACCUGGGAGGUGGAAGAUGUCUUUAAAAAAAUGAAGAAAGGAGUAAAGCAUGCUCUGAGGACUUAUUCUGAGAAGAUGCGCCAUCAGAUUGAGGAGCUGGUUACCUGCAUUACUCGACCCAUGAGUAAAAAUGACAGACGAAAGCUCAACACUGUCCUUAUCAUUGAUGUCCAUGCGAGAGACAUCGUGUACAACUUGCGGAACAACAGCAUAAUGGAUGCAGAAGAAUUUGAGUGGGAAAGCCAGUUAAGAUUCUAUUGGGACAAAGAACAUGACAACCUAUUUGUGCGUCAGUGCAGUGCUUCCUUCUCUUAUGGCUAUGAAUACAUGGGAUUGAAUGGUCGAUUGGUUAUAACCCCACUGACGGAUCGGAUCUACCUCACCCUUACGCAGGCCCUUUCCAUGUACUUGGGUGGAGCGCCUGCUGGACCGGCUGGAACAGGAAAGACAGAGACCACUAAAGAUUUGGCUAAAGCUUUAGGCCUACUCUGUAUGGUUACAAACUGUGGUGAGGGCAUGGACUGCAUGGCUAUGGGGAAGAUCUUCUCUGGUCUCGCCCAGUGCGGAGCUUGGGGAUGCUUUGAUGAGUUUAAUCGUAUCGAUGCCUCAGUAUUGUCAGUUAUCUCCUCGCAAAUCCAAACUAUCCGUAAUGCUCUCAUUUUACACCUUAAAAGAUUUCAGUUUGAAGGGCAAGUGAUCAGUCUAGAUGCCUCAAUGGGGAUUUUUAUAACUAUGAACCCCGGUUAUGCCGGACGUACAGAGCUACCGGAAUCAGUCAAAGCCCUCUUCAGGCCUGUGGUGGUCAUUGUGCCUGACCUUCAGCAGAUAUGUGAGAUAAUGCUCUUCUCUGAAGGCUUCCUAAUGGCCAAGAUGCUCGCAAAAAAGAUGACUGUGCUGUAUAAAUUGGCUCGUGAGCAGCUGUCUAAGCAGUCUCAUUACGACUUUGGCCUACGUGCUCUAAAGUCUGUGCUGGUGAUGGCAGGAGAGUUGAAAAGAGGCUCACCAGACUUCAGCGAGGAUGUGGUGUUGAUGCGUGCUCUCAGAGAUAUGAACUUGCCUAAGUUGGUGUUUGAGGAUGUUCCUUUGUUCCUUGGGCUGAUCUCAGACCUGUUCCCUGGAAUAGACUGCCCUCGUGUCCGCUAUCCCGAUUUCAAUGAUGCCGUGGAGCAGACCCUGCAAGAAAACAAAAACAUCAUCCUACCUAACCAGGUGGAUAAAGUGGUGCAGAUGUAUGAGACGAUGAUGACUAGACACACUACUAUGGUCGUGGGCCCCACAGGUGGAGGAAAAUCAGUUGUGAUCAGCACAUUAUGCCAAGCUCAAACCAAACUGGGACUGCAUACCAAGGUCUAUCCACUGAAUCCUAAAGCCAUGAGUGUCAUUGAACUUUAUGGAGUUCUUGACCCAGACACUCGAGACUGGACUGAUGGGAUUUUAUCAAACAUCUUCCGUGAUAUCAAUAAGCCUACUGACAAACAAGAGCGGAGGUACAUCCUGUUUGAUGGGGAUGUGGACGCGUUGUGGGUGGAGAAUAUGAACUCAGUGAUGGAUGACAACAAGCUCCUUACUCUAGCCAAUGGCGAACGAAUUCGUUUACAGAAUCACUGUGCUAUGCUUUUUGAGGUUGGAGAUCUGCAGUAUGCAUCCCCUGCUACUGUGUCCCGCUGUGGGAUGGUUUUUGUUGACCCCAAAAACUUAAGAUAUACUCCAUACUGGCAAAGAUGGGUCAACAGCAGACCUGAGAAGGAGCAAGAGGUGCUUGACAGACUGUUUGAGAAAUAUGUGCACAGCUCUAUUGACAUGAUUGUAGAUGGUGUUGUUGAUGGCAAACAGGGUCAGAAACUGGAGACUGAUAUUCCUCAGACAGAUCUGAAUAUGGUCACUCAGCUAUGCUUGACACUGGAUGCACUGAUUGAGAACGAGAGUAGCAGUGCUGACGUCCUUGAGAGUUACUUCCUGGAAGCUCUGUACUGCUCACUAGGGGCCACAUUGGUGGAAAGUGAUAGGAUCAAGUUUGACAAGUUCAUCAAAAAGCUGUCCUGCUUAAUCACAAUACAUGAUGAGAAAGUCCUGGCUGCGCCUGGUGAGAUUCCAGGAUACCUGCCAACUCUGUAUGACUUCCAUUUUGAUGGAGCACAGGAGAAAUGGGUUUCCUGGAGCUCCUUGGUUGCAAAAUACAUUCACCACCCUGAAAUGAAGUUUGCUGAUAUCCUAGUGCCAACUGUUGACACUACAAGAGCCAACUGGAUCGUGGAACAGAUGGUGAAGAUAAAGAGGCCAGUACUACUGGUUGGAGAGUCUGGCACUUCCAAGACCGCCACCAUUCAUAACUUCCUUAAGAAUAUUAAUGUAGACACAAAAAUUCCUCUUGUCAUCAACUUCUCAUCAAGAACUACUUCAAUGGACCUGCAGAGAAACCUGGAAGCUAAUGUGGAAAAAAGGACCAAAGAUACUUUUGGCCCUCCAAUGGGGAAGAGACUGCUGAUCUUUGUAGAUGACAUGAACAUGCCAAAGGUGGAUGAUUAUGGUACCCAACAACCUAUUGCUCUUCUGAAACUGCUGUUGGACCGAGGAGGCAUAUAUGACAGAGGAAAGGAGCUUAACUAUAAAAUCCUCAAGGACCUUGAUUUUAUUGCUGCCAUGGGAAAGGCAGGAGGUGGGAGAAAUGAAGUAGAUUCGCGCUUCAUCUCUCUCUUUAGUGUGUUCAGCAGUCCCUUUCCAACCAUGGAGUCUCUGCACCUCAUCUAUGCUUCCAUUAUCAAAGGCCACACAAGACCAUUUCAAGAUGCCAUACAGAAGGUUUGUGAUCAAGUUACCCAUUGCACACUGGAACUCUACAACAUCAUCAUCAAAGAAUUGCCACCUACUCCUUCCAAGUUCCACUACAUCUUUAACCUGAGGGACCUGUCAAGAGUCUACAAUGGACUAAUCCUCACCAAACCAGACCGAUUUUUAACUGUCACCCAGUUUGUGCGUGUCUGGAGAAAUGAAUGCUUGAGAAUCUUCCAUGAUAGACUCAUCAAUGAAACUGACAAAACUUUGAUCCAAGAUCACAUAAGAAAAUUGAUUGAAGAGCAUUUCAAAUCAGACAUGGAGGCAGUAAUGAAGGACCCAAUUCUUUUUGGAGACUACAAGACAGCCCUCAAUGAAUCUGAACCAAGAGUCUAUGAGGACAUCCAAGGAUAUGAUGCUUCAAAAGCCCUGUUUCAGGAAAUUCUCGAGGAAUAUAAUGAGAGCAAGUCUAAGAUGAAUCUGGUAUUAUUUGAUGAUGCUCUGGAGCAUCUGACCCGGGUUCACCGCAUCAUCCGCAUUGAUCGUGGCCAUGCUCUUCUUGUUGGAGUUGGGGGCUCUGGCAAACAGUCUCUCACCAAACUUGCUGCGUUCUCUGCUGGCUGUGAGGUGUUUGCAAUCACUCUGAGUAGAGGAUACAAUGAAUCCAGCUUCCGAGAGGAUCUAAAAACACUGUAUUUGAAGCUUGGCAUUGAAAAUAAGAAGACAGUGUUUCUCUUUACUGAUGCUCAUGUUGCCGAGGAAGGCUUCUUGGAGCUCAUUAACAACAUGCUAACUUCAGGCAUAGUUCCUGCAUUGUUCCCAGAUGAUGAAAAGGACUCAAUUCUUAACCAACUUCGUGAUGAAGCUCUUAAGAUGGGAGCUGGCCCUUCCAAGGAGAGUGUUUGGCAGUAUUUUGUUAACAAGAGUGCCAACAAUCUACAUAUUGUUUUAGGCAUGUCUCCAGUGGGAGACACCCUGAGGACACGUUGCAGGAACUUCCCAGGUCUGAUGAACAACACUGUGAUAGACUGGUUCCUGCCAUGGCCACCGCAGGCGUUAUAUGCAGUGGCUGAGUCUUUCAUCGGUGAAAUUUCAAUGAUUCCUGAGGCGCAUGUUUCAGCUGUUAUAGAUCAUGUAUGCAUGGUGCACGCCACUGUGGGUGACUACAGCAAGUUAUUCCUGCAAAAACUCAGAAGAGCAAACUAUGUUACUCCAAAAAACUAUUUGGAUUUUAUCAACAGUUAUUCCAACCUCCUGGAGGAAAAGGACAGAUACAUCCUAGCUCAGUGCAAGCAUUUAGAAGGAGGUUUAGACAAACUGAAGGAAGCCACAGAGCAGUUAGCUCAACUGAAUGUCAAGCUAGCAGAUCAGAAGGUGGUCCUCGCUGAAAAGUCCACUGCUUGUGAAACCCUACUGGAUGAGAUUGCCACAAACACAAGCACAGCUGAGGAGAAAAAGACUCUUGCAGAAGAAAAGGCCAGAGAGAUCGAAGAACAAAACAAAGUCAUAGCUGUUGAGAAGAAAGAAGCUGAAAGUUCUCUGGCUGAAGCUUUGCCAGCAUUAGAGGCUGCCAGAAAUGCCCUGCAGGACCUGGAAAAAUCUGAUGUCACAGAGAUCCGGUCUUUUGCUAAGCCACCUAAACAGGUUCAAGUGGUUUGUGAAUGCAUCCUUGUGCUACGUGGCUACAAAGAAAUCAGUUGGCAGUCAGCCAGGGGGAUGAUGUCAGAAGCUAACUUCCUGCGCUCCUUGAUGGAGAUGGACUGUGAUUCCAUAAGUAAUAACCAGGUCAGGACAGUCAAAGGCUUUUUAAAGAAUUCACAGACAACCCUCAAGGAGAUGCAAGCCAUCAGUAAGGCUGGCUCAGGAAUGCUUAAAUUUGUCGAAGCAAUCAUUGGUUACUGUGACGUUGCCAGAGAAAUUAAACCCAAACGAGAGAAGGUGGCACGACUAGAGAAGGACUUCUUUCAGAGUAAACGCGAGCUAGAGUCCAUUCAAAAUGAGCUUAGUGAUAUCCAGAAAGAGUUGCAUUCUCUUCAAGAGAAGUAUGAAGCUGCUAUUGUGGAGAAGCAGUUGCUACAGGAUGAAGCUGAGGUUAUGGAGAGGAGGCUCAAAGCUGCUGACAAACUCAUAUCUGGUCUGAGCUCUGAAAAUGAGAGGUGGACAAAAGAUUUGGAAGGGUUGAAGCAUCAGCGUGUGCGUCUCCUGGGUGACUGUCUGAUCUCCGCUGCUUUUCUGAGUUAUGAAGGGGCCUUCAACUGGGACUUCAGGAAUGAAAUGGUAUAUGAAAUAUGGGUUAAGGAUGUGGAGGAGAGAGGCAUCCCCUUGAGCCAGCCUUUCAAAGUGGAAGAUCUUCUUACAGAUGAGGUAGAAAUUAGCAGGUGGGGCUCAGAGGGUUUGCCUUCAGAUGAGCUGUCCGUGCAGAAUGCAAUCCUCACAACUAGAGGGAAUCGAUUUCCGCUAUGUAUUGACCCUCAACAGCAAGCACUUAACUGGAUUAAAAAGAAGGAACAAAAUAAUAACCUCAAGGUCUCAUCUUUCAAUGAUCCAGACUUCCUCAAACAGCUUGAGAUGGCCAUUAAAUAUGGCUAUCCAUUCCUUUUUCAAGAUGUGGAUGAAUACAUUGACCCAGUAAUUGACAAUGUCUUGGAGAAGAAUAUAAAAGGAGCCGAGGGCAGACAGGUCAUCAUGCUGGGUGACAAGGAAGUGGACUAUGAUCCCAACUUUAAACUUUACCUCAACACCAAACUGGCUAAUCCCAAAUAUUCUCCAUCAGUGUUUGGAAAAGCCAUGGUCAUUAACUAUACUGUGACUCUUAAGGGUCUGGAAGACCAGCUUCUGAGUGUUAUUAUGGGCUUUGAGAAGAAGGAGCUGGAGGAACAGCGUGAGCGUUUGAUCCAAGAGACAAGCGACAAUAAGAAACUGCUAAAAAACCUUGGGGACUCCUUGCUCAGAGAGCUAGCCUCAUCUACAGGCAAUAUGUUGGAUAACACAGAGCUCAUUGACACACUGGAGGAAACAAAAUCAAAAGCCAGUGAGGUAUUUGAAAAACUCAAGUUGGCUAAGAAGAUGUCCGAGGACAUUGAUGAUUUUAGAGAUGGCUACCGACCUGCAGCCAAGCGUGGUGCUAUCCUGUUCUUUGUACUAACGGACAUGGCUUUGGUUAACAGCAUGUACCAGUACUCACUAGCCUCCUACCUGGAAGUGUUUAACUUUUCACUAGAAAAAUCUCUGGCUGACUCAGACGUUCAUCAAAGACUUAAGAAUAUCAUAAACACUCUCACAUACAGCGUUUAUAACUAUGGUUGCACAGGGCUGUUUGAGAGACACAAGUUGCUCUUCUCUUUUAACAUGACCAUCAAGAUUGAGCAGGCAGAGGGUAGAGUGCCUCAGGAAGAGUUAGAGUUCCUUAUCAAGGGUAAUCUAUCUCUGGAAAAAAGCCAACACACAAAGCCUUGUGACUGGCUUCCUGACCAGGGCUGGGAGGAUGUAGUAAAACUCGCAGAGCUCUUUCCUGAGCAGUUUGGUUCACUGCCUGAUGACAUUGAGAAAAAUUCCGCUGAGUGGAAAUCUUGGUGUGACUUAGAUGCACCAGAGCAUGCUCCAUUCCUCAUGAAAUACAAAGAGAACCUGACAGCCUUUCAGAAGCUGUUGUUGCUGCGCUGUUUCCGUGUUGAUAGAGUCUUUAGAGCUGUCACCGACUAUGUCAGUGUUACCAUGGGCAACAAAUAUGUACAGCCCCCUGUGAUCAACUUUGCUGCAAUUUAUGAGCAAAGCACAGCUUUCUCACCCAUUGUCUUCAUCCUAAGUCCCGGCUCUGACCCAGUCAGUGACCUCAAGAAGCUAGCAGAGAGCUUGGACUUUGGAGGCAGCAAGUUCAAGUUCCUUGCAAUGGGCCAAGGGCAAGAGAAGGUGGCACUAGAGCUGUUGGAAAAGGCAGUGUCUCGUGGUCAUUGGUUGAUGCUACAGAACUGCCACCUGCUGGUGAAGUGGCUAAAGGAAUUGGAAAAAGCCUUGGAGAGAGUCACCAAUCCCAGCCCUAGCUUCCGCUUGUGGAUCACUACCGACCCCAUUAAGGAUUUCCCCAUUGGCAUUCUGCAAAAGUCUUUAAAGAUAGUGACAGAGCCUCCCAAUGGUCUCAAGUUGAACAUGAGAGCCACAUACUCUAAAAUCACAGAGGAGACCUUGAUUGCAUGCCCACACCCUGCAUUCCGCAGCCUGGUCUAUGUGCUGGCCUUUUUCCAUGCCGUGGUGCAAGAGAGACGCAAGUAUGGAAAGCUUGGUUGGAAUGUUCCCUACGACUUCAGCGAGUCAGACUUCUUUGUGUGUAUGGAAAUCCUGAACACUUAUCUAACAAAAGCGCACAACCAAAAAAAUAGGAAUAUACCUUGGGAAAGUCUUAAAUACCUUAUUGGGGAGGUGAUGUACGGUGGGCGAGCGAUAGAUAGCUUUGACCGUAGGAUCCUGACUGUGUAUAUGAAUGAGUACCUUGGAGACUUCCUCUUUCAUACCUUCCGGCAGUUCUACUUCUUCAGCAACAAAGAUGUUGAUUAUAAAAUCCCUCCAACUGGAAUAGCUAAUGUAUAUACUGAUGAGAUUGAAAACAUGCCACUGGCAAACACACCAGAGGUACUUGGACUUCAUUCCAAUGCAGAGAUAGGAUACUUCACUCAAGCAGCUAAAGAGAUGUGGGCUCAUUUAAUCGACCUUCAGCCACAGACAGGUGAAUCUGGUGGAGGUAUCAGUAGGGAUGAGCUCAUCAUUCAGGUUGCCCAAGACAUUCAGAACAAGCUGCCUGAAGUAUUUGACAUGGACGUGAUUCGUAAAAAGUUUGGUACAAAUAUCUCCCCAACGUCGGUUGUACUGCUUCAAGAACUAGAGCGUUUCAACAAACUAAUCGUCCGCAUGCAGCAGUCUUUGGCUGAGUUGCAGAGGGCCUUGGCUGGUGAAGUAGGUAUGAGCAGUGAGUUGGAUGAAGUGGCUCAGGCUCUUUUUAAUGGUCAAAUUCCUGUCAUUUGGAAGAAGUUGGCGCCUGACACUCUGAAGUCCCUGGGAAACUGGAUGAGCCAUUUCAAGAGGCGUUAUGAACAGUAUAGCUUUUGGGUUAAAGACAGAGAACCAAAGGUUAUGUGGCUGUCAGGACUGCACAUCCCAGAGGCUUACCUGACUGCUCUGGUCCAAGCUGCAUGCAGGAAAAAUGGCUGGCCUCUGGAUCUUUCCACACUGUACACCGAAGUCACUAAGUUCCACAAUGAGGAGGAAGUCAGUGACAAACCCAAACAAGGCUGUUUUGUGUCUGGGCUGUAUCUGGAGGGAGCAGGCUGGGAUACAGAGAAGGGCUGUCUAGUGAGGAGUAAACCAAAGGAGUUAGUCAUUGAACUGCCCAUUCUCAAAGUCAUCCCUAUUGAGGCACACCAUCUCAGGUUACAGGAUACGCUGCGGACACCAGUGUACACCACUUCUUUGCGGAGGAAUGCAAUGGGUGUGGGGUUGGUAUUUGAGGCAGACCUCUUUACCACUGUGCACAUCUCCCAUUGGGUACUCCAGGGAGUGUGUUUGUGUCUAAACAGUGACUAAAAAUGAUCCUUAGACUCACUGAGCGGACCAGCUUAUUUAUAUGUUCUGUUUGUGCAUGCUGUUUAAUUUUAGUCUUACUAUUAUAUGUUUUAUAUAUGCAUUUAUGUUGUUGACGUUUUUAUCAUCUGAACUUUUUCAGCACAUUGAGUUUGGUCUAGUUUUUGGAAUGUGCUAUAUGAACAAGUUGGACUUUUUUUUUUAUUCCUGGCAAAAAAAUGACAUUGCAAUAAGUAUGUAUUCAUAUUCAUUUAAAGUAAUUAAUAAAGAGAUGUUUUUAUUACUUCAGGGUAUUUGUUCUCCAUAUUUUCUCUAAAUGCACAUAACAGCACAGAGGACUUAAUCCUUGCCAGCAGCCCCAAAGCACCUCUCUUUGAUGUUAAUAAAAACUAAACUGACCACAGACCACAAUUGGUCAGAAUCUUUUGGGCCUGAAAGUGCAAAGUUGUUCAAUUAUUAACAAAUAUUUGUCAUUCAUGUGCAUUAUGUGUUGUGUAUGUUAUUGUGUGACAGGACAGCACUGUCAGAAUGUGUUUGUUGAUUCUGAAAGGAAACAGAAUACAUUCUACUUGCAGUAGAAAUGCACUAGUAAUUAAAAUUUUCCUCUUUAUCAAAGUGUCAUUUCAACUUAACAGGUUUAAAUACAAGCACUAUGCUUCAGCCUCUGUCUUUUCAGUUACUUUAUAUUAUAAAGACACAGGCUAAAGAUAACAUUAAGUUUAUAAUGUUAUGUUUGUACUCAACUCAUUUGUUGUUUACAAAGUGACUGAAUAAAACUUGAACUUUUCUUUGCAA